GCGCGAUAUAGCUGUUGAUGUGGGAGUUUGCAAGUCUCCAAUGUGCACAAACGCAGGGAAAUAGACAAGAAUUUAUGAGUGAGUCUACCGCUUAAGGUCCAAUUUGAAGGAUUCGGACAGUUGCUUUCAAGCACUUCUAUGGAUUUUAUUUGAGAAGCCUUAGGUGCUUCAUGUUGUGAGAGAUGCUCCUUCCCUGCGUGUGUAAGUAAGCGGACCUUCCGAUUGUGGGAUCAUACGAAACUUCUCAGAGGCAGAGAAGGUGCGGAGGAGACGUCUCAAAGUUCAAAGUUCGACAAAUCCAAAUGCUAACUCUCGUUCAUCACACAUCAAUUGCUUUCAAAUAUAGUACACAAACAGUUUCAUAUCAUUCAAUAGGCGACAUGGCAUCACCCUCAACACCAGCCCACGAAGGAUAUGAGACCAGAUCUAUGCCCCAUACCAUUGGUGAGGAGGGAGACGAUGAGAGUAACCCGAUGGUUAUCUCCAGCGACCCCGUCCCAGAGCCAACUGCUCAUGAGACACUGGAGAAGCCCCAGAGCAGAAAAUCAAGCUUGGGAGACUUAAUGGUGCAGUAUUUACGAGCGCGUCUGGAAUUAAGUCCACCCAUCGCUAUUCCAGCUGCUUCUGCCUUCAACACCGCGGACGUCAUUGAUGCCUCUGAAACAAUCGACCAGUAUAUUUGUGCCUUCGAAAUCAGCCAAGAUACAUACUUCCUAGAUCAAGUCAGGAAAGUGAUGGACAUGGUAGCGAAUGGAAAUCCUUAUGUCAACGGCCAGCGCCUCACAGAACUGUAUAAAUUUGCGUAUAAACAUGAAAUUGACGAGGAAACAGUUACAGAAGUAAUUCAAUCAAUUGGUAGGUCUACGAAACUACAAGCUACUGGCAACGAGGUCAGACGGCUGCAUGAAUUGCUUCAGGAAGCACCAGUCUACCUAUCUGUCACAAAAGUAAAGGCCUAUAUUGAAGAGGGCUGCUCUACCUUGAGACAGCCGCAACAAACGGAGCUCAGCAGCAUAAAUGACUUGAUCAGAAGGCUAACCAAACCAGCGCUCUCGGAGAAAGGCUUACGGGUGACUUAUGAGUACUUAAAAGUACUGAGAAAUUGUCAAGAGCUAGGUUUUGAUACUUGGGGACCGACUAAGCAGAGACCUGGGACCCGAACGCCAAAGUCGGAGUCUGGUGAAAAUCUGCAAGCGAACCAAAUUAACAAAGAACUUGACGCGGCAAGGGUUGGUUUCAAUACGAGUUGGGGAAGGAAACGAAAGGAUAAGAGCGAUGCUUGUUUUGUGAGACGACUUCACUUGAUGGGCGAUUCAAUCAGGACAAGUACCGAGACUCACCGGUGCCUUGAGCGAAGGAAUGCUUGGGAGGACUUCUGGGACCGGAUGGCAAAGUCCGAUCCCACCGGAGAAAUGCCCUUACUGAAUAACGAUAGUGGAUAUGGCACUCCAGAACGCUCAGAAGGUCCGACAGAAAAUCAACAUGGAUUACCGGAGACAAGCAAUAAUGGCAAGAUGACAGCAUCAGGAAUGGAAGAAUGA